UUCAUAAAAUGAAAUCCGAUUUUAAUUUGAUCCUUCUUCGGAGAGAGGUGCUCGCUCCUUGGUGAAACUUGAACAAGUAAAAAAGUGUGUUUCGCGGGGGAUUAUUUUGGGAGACUCAGAGUUUAUUCAUUCCGACAAGUUCACUUGUAGCUACAGAGGGAAGCGGUAGGAACUGGAUUCUGACACGGUGGUUGUGUAGAUUGAGAAUUUCUAUCGCGGUUAGUCAUACUUGGGUGAGCUGGAAAAUGAACGUCUAACGAAGGAGUUGGUUGUCGUUUCUUUCAUUAGUGAGGCCCGGAUUCCGGGCGUGGCUGUGUGGAUAUAAUGGACUUUGCCAUGUUUUCUCAAAUCGCUCAGAUAACUGACCACCUGUUCCUGAGCAGCGCGGCUGCUGUCAAGACAGACAGAAUCCGAAACUACGGCAUUACCCACGUGAUCAACCUAACCCUGGAAAUCCCAAACCUAAAUCUCCCCAAUCUAGAAUGUAUCCAGAUUCAUAUAGAAGAUGCACCCCAUGCAAGACUGAGUGUGUACUUUGACAGAUGCGCAGACAAGAUUAACGAUGUGCACAUGCGCGGCGGACGCACUCUAGUCCACUGUGUGGCAGGAGUAAGUCGGUCAGCCACCAUUUGUAUUGCGUACCUGAUGAAGUACCAUAGAAUGUCCCUCGAACAAGCGUACUAUCAUUGCAAGAAGAGGAGGCCAGUGGUGCACCCCAAUUGUGGAUUUUGGCGCCAACUGAUCGAUUAUGAGCGGAGGAUUCUGGGAAGGAAUUCGGUAAAGAUGGUGUCGUCGUCUUUUGGUCCAAUUCCGGAAGUUUAUCAAGAAGAGGUCCGGAACAUGAUUUAGGUGUGAGCUGGUUUCACAAGGCAAGAUAAAAGAGGACUGAGAUUCUGAUUGGAGAAGGGAAAUGAUGACGUCAUAAUACCUGUUUCCGCCAUCAAGAGAAGACUUUUAGUGAUUGAUGUUCGUCCCUCAACAACGACCGAUAACUCUUUGUUUUUGUUUGUUGACAGUCUAUAUUAUAUAUACUGUGGAUUCCUAAUUAAAGGCGGGGAAUUAAUAUCCGCGGAAAAUUACGAGAAACACCCUUCGCGGAUUAUAAAAUCUCGCCAUUAUUUUUGGAGAGUUGAGAACAAUAAGAGAUAUAUAAGGAAAAAAGUUUCGCGUUCGCGAUUUUAUAUUCUCACGAUUUGAUACUAAACAGCAGGAUUGCGGAAUUAAGUACUCGCGUAAUAAAAGGAAUUUACAGUAUUUAUAACUGAAAAUAAGGAUUGCGUGUUUCUUGUAAAAGAAGAUGGGUGUAUAAGGCGUGUAAAAUGCCUACAUUAGGAUAAAAAAAAAAGAUAAUGUAAUCAAAAUAUAAAAAAUCUGUUAUUUCUUUUAAAUAUCAUUCAGAAAAAUGUUUAGAAAACAUCGAUUUGAAACAAAUAUAUUCAAUACUUGGAAUACGUUUUAAACUGAAAUGACUCAAUGGUUAAAGCACCAGACUUUAGGAAUCCUUAUGUAACUCGGCUUUUUAGGUUGUCGGUUCAAUACCACCAAAACGUUAAGCAAGUAUGUUUAUCUUAUUGUUUAUUAAGAUAUUCAAAACUGAAUAUAGUUAGAAAUCGUGCGUUCACAAACUUGUAUUAUAAUAUUAUUGAUUAGAUUCAAUUGCAUGACUGACAAAAAAUAUUAUAAAUUUGAAAUUGACUAAAACGACUAAACCACAUGGGCAUUAGCGUUAUCUUAUCCACCCAUCUUCUUUUUAAACACCGGGUACCAUGAUCACACCAAGAGAAAGGACGGUAUAUAGUAGUACAAAUGAUAAAUAAUCAACAUACAAUUUUUUUAAAACAUGUCCUUUUUGUUCCUUAAAUUUUGGCAUUAUAAACGUUUAUAUACACAUACAGAGUUUUUCAUUUAAUGAAAUGUAUAAUGGUUUAUAUGCAGAUUAAUUCAAAACUUGAAAAUAAUUGAAGACCAUCUUCUAAAUAGAAAUUACAUGUAUAGCAAAUUUGUUAUGUUAUUUGAUUUAUGUUAUUUUUUUAAUUGUUUUAUAUGUUUUUGUUUCUGACCUACUUCUUAGUUUUAUGUAUGAAUUAUGUUUCUUCAUACGGGUCUUUUUUAAUGAUUAUACUGCGUACAGAGUUAUUUUCGACCUGCUUUAUUUUCCCGGCUGUAAAAGAUUCAUUCACCUUAACACAUUUUCAUAUAGAAUCGGGUAACUUUUCGGGCAUUUAAUUCUAGAGCACUGCCGGAAAGGCCCGAGAAGUUGCGAUUGGGGAGUGUAGUUUUCAGCUCUAUUUUAAAUUCGGCCACCACCAAAAAGCACUUCUCGGGCAAAAAUUUCCCUGUAUAAAGUAUCAUGUAUCUAUGUAAAUGAAUGGUUAAAUAAAACUCAGUUGUUGCUUGAAA